UUGAGGCACAUCUAAAAAAUUCCUGCUCAUAUAUGUUUUUUGAAAAUAGAUAAAUUGAAAUUUGUGUAGUUAUUAGUGUAUUAGCGGCAAUAGAGGCCGCCCCCAAAUUAGAGGCAAAUCCAGGCAGCCCAUGCUCACUUACAGUACCAAUGAGCUUCAACCUAGUGCGCUUCUUCUUCUUCAACCCAUUUGGAGUAUCUUCUAAAGCUACAGCCAACACAAGGUUCAAAUUUUCUGCUGCUGCUGCUUCAGCUCACAAGUCAAAAAAUGAGGAGCUGUUAGUGGUGGUUGGUGGUGGAGCAGCAGGGAUUUAUGGAGCUAUUAGGGCCAAGACUUUAGCUCCUCAUCUUGAUGUUUUGGUCAUUGAAAAAGCAAAGCCUCUCUCUAAGGUGAAAAUAUCUGGGGGUGGCAGAUGCAAUGUCACCAAUGGCUUUUGUUCUGACCAUAUGAUUUUGGCAGAACAAUAUCCCAGGGGGCACCGAGAAUUUAGAGGAUCUUUCUUCAACAUGCAUGGCCCUGUAGAUACCAUGUCCUGGUUUUCUGAUCAUGGGGUGGCACUCAAGAUUGAGGAUGAUGGAAGAGUGUUUCCAAUCAGCAACAGUUCGUCUACAAUUAUUGAUUGUCUUCUAACUGAGGCAAAGCGGAAAGGAGUUUCUUUGCAAACUGGAAAAGUUGUAACAAAUGCGUCUGCUGAUGCCAGAGGAAAGUUUCAUCUGAAGGUUGAGAAACGUACCAUUGAUUUUGUUGAAGCUGUUGAAGCUGACUAUCUAUUGAUUGCUAGCGGGAGUAGCAAACAGGGUCAUAAUCUUGCAACUCAGCUUGGUCAUUCAAUUGUAGAUCCAGUACCAAGCUUAUUCACUUUCAAAGUCGAAGAUCCUCAGCUUGCAGAGUUGUCAGGGGUUACAUUUCCUAAGGUUGAAGCAAAGCUUAAACUAGAAAAUAUACAACGGAAUACACCACAUCUUACACAGGUUGGGCCUAUGCUAGUUACCCACUGGGGACUCAGUGGGCCAGUAAUUCUUCGGCUAUCUGCUUGGGGAGCUCGUGAUCUGUUCAAUUCAGUUUACAAAGGCUUGCUUACAGUGGAUUUUAUACCUGAUUUGCAUAUAGAAGAUCUAAAAUCAAUCCUAAGUCGACAAAAGAAUAAAUUUCCGAAGCAAAAAGCAGUAAAUUCAUGUCCUUCAGAAUUUGGCAUUACGAAGAGAUUUUGGAAGUAUAUAUUAGAUCGUGAGAGACUAAUUGGGGAUACCUUGUGGGCUUCCGUAUCAAAUAACUCAAUAAUAUCCGUUGCCAAUCUCUUGAAACUCUGUACAUUUGAAGUAACUGGAAAGGGUCAAUUUAAGGAUGAAUUCGUCACUGCUGGAGGUGUUCCCUUGUCCGAGAUCAUAUUAAACACAAUGGAAAGCAAAUUAUGUCCACGGCUUUUCUUCGCUGGAGAGGUUCUGAAUGUUGAUGGGGUGACUGGUGGUUUUAAUUUCCAGAAUGCAUGGUCUGGCGGAUACAUUGCAGGGACAAGUAUAGGUGAAAUGGCAGUUGAAGAUACUCGAAAGGAGCGAGUUCUAUAAGUUGAAUUUCAGUUCGUUGUCUUUUUAAGCUUUAAAUUAUUGUAAAAUGUAUUUGAUGUAGUGUAAAUUAGUGAUAGAAUUGUAAACAGAAAGCCUUCUGUCAUUAUGGAUAUGAGCAAAAAUAGAUUCUCUCCUUCAA